CUCGAGUAUAUACACAGAACCCGAUCAUAUGCGAACCACUUAAAACGGCAACCCUAGGGAACAGCAGUUUCUUUCCAAUUGGCAGCAGGACCGCAAGUGAGCAUUCUGCCGCGAGACGCUAAACUGAUGCCUCCCUCGAAUGCGAACCCCGCGCCCGACUUGCGACGAGCCAUAUGGCGGACAUUGCUUUCUGCAGUAUUCACAGGCGCAGGCACAGGAGUUGCAGAGAAAUGAUACGCGCGAGACGGAACGUGAAUUUGAGCAGCAGACGGGUGCAGAGUGUUGGCAGAGACGGAUCGCGUCCCAGGAAACGGGCGCGCCGCGACUUUGGUUGACAGAACAGGCAACAGACUGUCACUGCGGCUGCGAACGAGGAUGGGCGGAGGGGCGCGAAUCCGAGAGAGAGAUUCCGGCGCAUCGAUCUGGAAGCGAAGAGACGACGGGGAGCGCUGUGAUGUUGACAGAGCGGGUAUGUAAGAUGCGGGAAAGUGGUACUCGGCGAGAGGACUGUUGGGUCUUGAAGUGUAAAUCGGCGGUGGCGGCGUGACCGGAGAAGCAGAGAGAUCCGGAAUAAGAGAUCCACGAGAGAAGACGCAGGAGUUCUGCUUUCCAAGUCUGGGGAGGCUUGUACUACUUGCGUUGUGCGUCGAGAAUCUGUCCCGAGAACGAAAGUGCAGCCAAGAGAGUAGAUUUCCCUUGUCGUCUUCUUCAUCUGGUUGUGGUAGUAACUUUUCGGCGUCUGGAUUUUGGCUUUCCAACUUGCUGGCUUGGCGAGCCUGUCUUUCGCGAAAGAUAGGAUACAGGUAGAAACACAUGAACGCGAUGAACAAGAGAAGGCUGAUGACAAGGGCAGAGCGACAUACCACUGAUGGUGUUAAUGGGCUGGACACGGACGCGUAUGAUCUCGCCAUUCACGGUCGGCCCAACAUCUAGAAUCAAAGGACCACCGAAGAGCGAGUACGCCAAGUCAUUAGAUGACAUCGUCUGGAAAGUAAGGACUGUGUUGCAGAGAAUGUGAGGGUAGGAAAGAGUGGGUGGAAAAGAGUGUGUGUGCUGCGUAGAGAUGAGGAUGUGCCAAAAGAAUGAAGUUCAAUCUAAUGCGGGGUUCGCGACUAACACAUGUAGAUCAGAGGCAGUGCAGGUUUCACUUGGUACUUGUAUUUGUCCUUGAUUGCAUUUUCUUUUCCCGUGUUCACUCGCAGUUUGGAACGUUGCAGGCUCAGUGACAAUCGUGUUUCGCGCAUUUUACGCGAGACGGUCACAUAGCCCAACAAGUACAUCACUACUCAUCUCUGCUCUGCUCGCUGCAAGAUUGCAGUCCGAUAUGGAUGAUGAUGAUUCUCUCUUUGGUUCUCCACCUCCUAGCCCAGGAAGAGGUAGGUCGCCAUCACCCGCACUGGCCCUCCCAAGCGCCAGCACGAGCAUCAACUUAGCCGGUCCUAUGGCACAAAACCCUUGUCGCUGAGCUUUCCGCCGCUGCAAAGCGAAGGAGCUCUUCGGCCUCCGGCCACGGUCCCGACUCGGAACAGUACCAGUCCCUGCGUCAUUCCAACACUGAUGACAGCGCAUACGGACUCGCUCAAACGUAAAUCCACCAAAAGGUCCAACCUAAGGCCAUCCAUUGUCACACGCCGGCCCACUCCCCCGCCCAUUCAUCUACCGGACCCGUCCGAUCCUCGACCGAUUCCUCCCAACUUGCUGCGCAACCAACCUGGUCUUCUGGGGACUGCUGGGCUCGUGGCGGGUGUGCGACCAGCCAACUUCGCCUUGCGCGCGGCGAACCAAGGUUCCAGCGCCGCCAAUCCGAUCCUUAUCGAAGAUACACCCGUUGUCAAUGCACCUAUCGUGCGAUCUGGUGGCAUUAAGCGGAAGACGCACAAACUCGAUCUAUCUCUACUCCCGGCACCAUCCAAUCGUGAUAUUGUGGCUGUCUUGAUGGAGCAGAAGGACACCAUUCCGCUGCUGCAGAACAUCAUCAAGUUUUUGUCGCAGCGGCAAAGCCAAACUGAAUCUUCGAGUCGAUCCGCAACGCCCAGUGGUCCAGAGCCUGGGCCGAGUCAGAAACGGCGCAAGUUGCGGCACGUUCCGGCAGGCGCUGAUCUUUGGGAUGUCCCCUUCCCUUUCAACGAAGGCGAAGGUCCACAUUCAUAUCGCGAUGAUUGGGAGAGAGAGCACGGGAAGAAGUUGGUUGCUGAACUGGUGGCCUUGUUGAAGAGUGCGGCUCGAAAGGCUGCUUUGAAGAAUGUGAUGAAGGGAUAUUCUGGUCGGAACGCCCCAUCUGAUGCUGAAUUGGCAUCGUUGGGCUCACACUACUCAUUGGACACACUGUUCUAUGGGAAGCAGCCUACAGAGGUUCUCAGCGAUUCGAGCAACGCGUCUCAGCAUGGUCCCGCCGAAUCUGUCGUUCUGCCGCCUACAUCAUCCUCGAUGCCUGAAAUGCAUAUCCCGCCCCCUGAUCCAGCACCCGCUCCAGCUUCCUUCGACCACCUCAUCACCUCUUUGCUCUCUGCUGCUCCCGCAGAGCAAUUCUCUGUCGAUGUUCCUGGCAGUCCUGCACCGUCGUCAGUGGAGUCUGUCAGCUCCGUGGAUUCUGGGCUUUUCGACACGUGGAUGGACAUAUUCCAGGCCUUCCCUGUACCGUCAAACGGGGAUGAGUUGUUGAGCGCUGCAGACGGGAAUGCCGGAUUCAAUCUCCAGUUGCCUGGGGCCUCCUCUUUUGAUGAUCUUUCGAUGAUCGACCCGUUGCUGCUUGGUCUCCCGCCCAUGACCGCAAGUAGCACAAGCGCUGUCUCAGCGGACAGCGCUUGUCCUUCCUUGACGGCCUCGCCAAUUGUUUCGAGCCGAUCUUUUUCGGUGGGACCAAUGACACCCUCCGAGAGUGGAUGGACUGCGGAGCCAGUUGGGGGCGGGUAUCGGAAAGAUACAGAACAGGAAGUAUUGUCUCUUCUCCAGUCACUAUCGCAUGGAAUUCCCGUCGAUAAGGGUAAGGGCAAACAACAGGAUCAAGGUGGAGGAGACUUGGAGAGGCGACCACCAGAUACCGAAGAUGUCGAGUUCGCGCGAUUGAAGACGGUUCCGAUCGUCGGCAGUCUGACCAAAGCGGAAUUAUUAGGACGAGCUAAGGAACGGAGGGAAGCUUUGGUCCAGGAAAUAGCCCAGACUCGAAUAUCUUUGUGGCAGUGUACCGUUGAGGGUGCGGUCUUGGCUGGAUUGGUCCAGAAUUACACCAUAACGGAAACAUAGCAAUUAAUAGCUACAUACGAAGCAUUUUUUCGCACGCUUUGCAUAGCCUUGGAGGUAUGUAGCAACGACUCCCUUCUUGACAAAGAUUGCGAUGAUCGUGAAGGGCGCGCUGCCCCCUAGCGUAUGUGCGGCGGCUACAUUGCCUGUCUCCGAUUCAGAUCGACCGUGUGGCCGCACCUGGACUAGGUCGGAGGACUUUGCGACCCGAUAAGAUGCAUGGGUUCGAAGGGAUUUUCAUCCGAACCUGACCGAAACCACGCCUCGCUCGCUCAAACUCAGCUCUGCAGCGACGACCACAGGUCAAAUACCAAGCCUUGAUACGGAUCGCCCUACCAUGCGAUGUCGAAACUCGAGUCUCAGCCCAGCCCGAUUUCUCCUAGCGACGCCGAAACAUAAUCAAACGAAUGGUUAUCAUAUAAAUGGAAAUGGGCGGCGCUGAUCAGCUACGGGUCCUUCGUUUCGUUUCCCUCUCGCCCAUCCUUUCCGUUCACCCCGCGCUCUUUCUGUUCGUUUCGUUUCUUCGUCGUUGAACGACAUUUGCCCUGGUCGGCAUUUCUUCCCCCAUCGACGCGCCCUUUUCCCUUUAAUCUAUUCGAUUCCGGCUCCAUUACGAUGGCCCGUACUAUCUCUGCUGCGUUUGUGCUCAGCGCGUUCCUUGUCGGCGGGAUCAAUGCCGCAAACGACUGGACUGUGCCUUGUGUAUCAGGAUCCUGCAACUAUGAUAUCCCGACGGGACAGAACUCUACGAAUGCCUCAGGGACAAUGAAGAUCUGGGGUUCGGCGAAUGCGAUCACGGACAUCACCACUGCAGCAGGCUGGGAGAUCUUGUCGUGCAACAGCACCGCGCAAGCGCAGAACAUCACCCUCGUCUGCACGCAAGGCCAGGACCAGGACCCGAACUCGCUCUGCUCGCACCUGUACCAGAACAACGGCGCGGUGCACAAGAUCGUGCGGCUGCCUGAGAACUGCCAUGCGUCUCCGUUUGCGCGUGUCGCGUUGGCAUGGGUGCCGCAGGACCAGACGAUCCCGGCGCAUGUCCGUCGCAUGAUGAAGCGGGGCUCGACUCCGGUCGUCAAGGCUCUGCGGAUCGACACCGCCUUCGACCAGGUGGACUACUCCAAAACUGGCGCGGUCAACAUCGCGCUGCAGGGCGCCAACGUCCCUGGUGCGCCGACGACGCUCCUGAUGCCGACCAACUCUCGCCGCUCUCUCCGCCGUCGUGGCUUUGGAAGCAUCAUCCACUCCAUCAAGAACGGAGUGGACAAUGCUGCUGGUGCAGUCAAGAAUGCCGCUGACGGGGCCGCAAAUGCCGUCAAGAACGAGGCCACCAAGGCGGCGGGCGACGUCAAGUCUGUCGCCACCGCUGUGGCGGGCGCUGCGAAAACAGCAGCCUCGGACGCGGCGGCGGCGGCGAAGUCGAUCGCGAACAACACGGUUUCUGUCAACAAGAACAUCAACCUGCCCCCGAUCAACUUCCAGCAGUCAAAGCAGCUUAUCAGCCAGUCCGUCGCGUGUGGACCCAUUUCGGCCACUCUCGACGCCAACUUUGACGGAAACGCCAAUGCGCAGGCCAGCUUGAGUGUUGCUGCGCAGGGCACGAUCGUUCCGCCCAAAAUCUCCUCGUUUGGUGCCAUUCUCGGGAUGAACGGGAACAUCCAGGGCACGCUCCAGCUCAACUCGGAUGUCUCCGGUGCGCUCGACUCGGGCAAGAUCACGCUCGUGGACAUUGGCAUCCCCGGGCUCGACAUUCCAGGCAUCUUCAGUGCCGGCCCGACGUUCCAGGUUGCGGCGCAGCUCAGCGGAUCGCUGGAUGUGGCGAUGGACGCGACGGUCGGUGUUAACCUCAACAUGAACAACGCGCAGAUUGCGCUGCCGCCCUCGAACAGCGACUUUGCUUCUGCGUUUUCGUUCGGUGACACCCCACUCACGCUCAAUGCUGACCCGAACGUCGCCGUCACUGGGUCGAUCACCGCGCAUUUGAUUCCGUCGAUCAACUUGGGCGUCUCUGCGCUCGGCAACGCGGCCUCGGCGAAGAUCUUCCUCGAGCUCGAUGCGAAUGCGGGUGUCACACUCAACCUCGAUGCCUCGACGAGCGUCACGGCUGCGAAGAACCUGACUCCGGGCAGCGCCAACAACGCGGCCAGCAACAGCACUGCCACUGCCACUGAUAGCACUGCUGCGGCUGAUGCCAGCGCAACUGACGCCACCUCCACCGAUACUGCGACGGACAGCACCGCCACUGACGCGACUUCGACCGACACUGCUACGGACAGCGCCGCCACCGACGCCACCGCCACUGAUGCCUCGGCCGCGAGCACCGCCACUGAUGCCACCGUGACCGACUCUGCGGUUGAUAGCAGCGCCACUGACGCGACCGCGAGCGCGACCGACUCCGCCACGGACAGCACUGCCACUGACGCUACGGCCGUUGACAACAGCGCCGCGUCGACCGAUACUGCUGUGGGAAGCACCGCCACGGACGCUACCUCCACCGAUACUGCUACGGACAGCACUGCCACGGAUGCCACCUCGACGGAUACCGCCGUCGAUACCUCGGCCACUGACGCGACCUCCACCGAUACUGCCACCGACAGCACCGCGACCGAUGCUACCUCCACUGACACCGCGACGGACAGCACUGCCACUGACGCAACCUCGACCGACACUGCGACGGACAGCACCGCCACCGAUGCUUCCGCUGUGGACAACAGUGCGACCAGCACCGAUGCCGCCGCCGCAAGCGCUGUUACUAACGGUGUUUCGGUUGCACCGGUCAGCUUCGGCGGAUGUGUCGGUGCUGCCGGAAACAUCAACAUCAACGUCGGGGCCACGGGCAGCUUCUUCAACCUCUUCAACGCCUUCAGCAAGACCAAGACCCUGUUCAACAAAGAUUUCCAGAUCUUCCAGAAAUGCUUUGGUGAUCAGGCCGCCGGUGCCGCCGGUGCGACAGCUACUGAUGCGGCUGCGGCUGCCGACGCCACAGCCACCGACGCUGCCGCCGCCGCCGCCGAUCCUGCCGCGACGGACGCCUCCUCGACCGACACGGCCGCAGCCGCCGCAAGCACCGAUGCCCCAGCGGCCAAGCGUUCGAGCGAGCGCCGGUACAUUUUCAACGGCUCGAGCUUGGUCCGCCGGGCUCUGAAGCUGUCGUGCCCCGCCAACAUCGGCACCAGCAGCAAAGCCAAGAAGCAGACGAUCACCAGCUCCAAGAUCCCUGCCUCCAGCAUCAAAGCCUUGGCAGCACCUGCUCCUGCUCCUGCUGCACCCAAGGCCGCGGCGCCGGCCAAAGCGGCCAAGACGGCCAAUGUGAACACCAAGGUGGCAGCGGCCAAGACUGCGGCGGCAGCAAAGUCUGCAGCGGCCAAGACCACAGCAGCCAAGAAAGCGGCUGCUACCAAGUAAGCUAGCACGUCCGCACACACUGCAUAAUUUGUACAUACUAUACUGUAUAUGGAAGGAACGGUUUCGAUUUUUC